UUUAUAGUGAACUACGGUAUACGAACAAAAUGAAGAUCCUGGCUGUUUUAUUACUGAUAUUUGCGAUCUGUUCUUGCGAAAAUACAACGUAUACAACCAAGUAUGACGAUGUGAAUUUGGAUGAGGUUUUGGCGAGUGACAGAUUGCUCACUGGUUAUAUCAACUGUCUUCUAGACAAUGGACCUUGUACACCCGAUGCUAAGGAGUUGAGAAAAAACCUUCCUGAUGCCAUACAAAAUGACUGCAAGAAGUGUAGUGAUCGCCAACGAUUGGGUGCUGAUAAAGUGAUGCAGUUCAUCAUAGACAAUAGACCUGAAGAUUGGCAAAUCUUAGAGAAAAAAUUCAAUCCUGAUGGUAGUUACAGGCUUCAGUACUUAUCGAGGAAAAACUUUUUAAACUCAACCGAGCCGUCAAUAAAUUAAUAAAAUUAUAGACUGAAAUCAAGACAAUGAUCAAUUUAUUAAUAAUGUUUUCGUAGAAUAGUAACGUAAUAAAGAGUAUUGGGACAGCAUUUGAAGUUGUAUUUAAAAUAAAUAUAUCAAAAGAAAAUAGUACACAUUAUCGGAUAGAAGGCGUCACCAUGAAAAGAACGCUAAACGUCGCAACUAACUUCGAAUUGUUAUUUCUUAUGCCUUUAAUCUUGUAACGUGUACUUUCUUUUAAUAUAGUAAUAACGAAAUUUUAAAUUCAACUAAAUCUAUUACAAUCAACAAAUGUAAAACUUUUAAA